CUGAUUCUCCAACAGCAGCCUGCAGUUCCUCCACCUGUCUCUCUCUCUGCCGUCCCUCCAUCCUCGUCCUCCCGGUCCUCUCCUCUCCUCCCGUUGCCAUGGGUAACCGCGGGAUGGAGGAGCUGAUCCCGCUGGUGAACCGGCUCCAGGACGCCUUCUCGUCCAUCGGUCAGAUCUCGGAACUCGACCUGCCGCAGAUCGCGGUGGUGGGGGGGCAGAGCGCCGGGAAGAGCUCCGUGCUGGAGAACUUCGUGGGCAGAGAUUUCCUCCCUCGAGGUUCAGGAAUCGUCACCCGGCGUCCUCUCGUCCUCCAGCUCAUCCACUGUCCCACAGAGUACGCAGAGUUCCUCCACUGUAAAGGGAAGAAGUUCAUCGACUUCGAUGAAGUCCGUCAGGAGAUCGAAGCUGAAACGGAUCGAGUCACCGGACAGAACAAAGGAAUCAGUCCGGUACCGAUCAACCUCCGGGUCUACUCGCCCAACGUGUUGAACCUGACUCUGGUGGAUCUCCCCGGGAUGACGAAGGUCCCGGUGGGCGACCAGCCGGCCGACAUCGAGCAGCAGAUCAGAGAGAUGCUGAUGCAGUUCGUCACCAAGGACAACUGUCUCCUACUGGCCGUCUCACCCGCCAACUCUGACCUCGCCAACUCAGACGCCCUGAAGAUCGCUAAGGAGGUCGACUCUCAAGGCUCGAGGACUAUCGGUGUGAUCACCAAACUGGAUCUGAUGGACGAAGGAACCGACGCCAGAGACAUUCUGGAGAACAAACUGCUUCCACUACGCAGAGGUUACAUCGGGGUGGUGAACCGCAGUCAGAAGGACAUCGAUGGGAGGAAAGACAUCACGGCGGCUCUGCAGGCUGAGAGGAAGUUCUUCCUGUCGCACCCGUCAUACCGACACCUGGCUGACCGCAUGGGCACCGCCUACCUGCAGAAGGUCCUCAACCAGCAACUGACCAACCACAUCCGGGACACGCUGCCGGCGCUACGCAGCAAACUGCAGAGCCAGCUGUUGUCCAUCGAGAAGGAGGUGGAGGAGUACAAGAACUUUAGACCAGACGACCCGAGCCGCAAGACCAAGGCCCUGCUGCAGAUGGUGCAGCAGUUUGCGGUGGACUUUGAGAAGCGGAUCGAAGGAUCUGGAGAUCAGGUGGAAACCUACGAGCUGUCAGGAGGAGCGAAAAUCAACCGAAUCUUCCACGAACGUUUCCCCUUCGAACUGGUCAAGCUGGAGAGUGAAGAGAAGACUCUUCGUAAAGAGAUCAGCUACGCCAUCAAGAACAUCCACGGAAUCAGGACAGGUCUGUUCACACCUGACAUGGCGUUUGAGACGAUCGUGAAGCGUUUGAUCGCUCAGAUCAAAGAGCCGUGUCAGAAAUGUGUUGAUAUGGUGAUCAAUGAGCUGGUCAACACUGUGAGGCAGUGUACACAGAAGUUGGCUCAGUUUCCGCUGCUCAGAGAGGAGAUGGAGAGAAUCGUCACCCAGCACAUCAGAGACCGAGAGAGUCGCACCAAAGACCAGGUGAUGCUGCUGAUUGACAUUGAGUUGGCCUACAUGAACACAAACCAUGAAGACUUCAUCGGCUUUGCAAAUGCUCAGCAGAAGAGCAGUCAGACGAGCAAGAAGAAAGCAGCAGGAAACCAGGUGAUUCGUAAAGGCUGGCUAACCAUCAACAACAUCAGCAUCAUGAAGGGAGGAGCUAAAGAGUACUGGUUCGUCCUGACGGCCGAGACGCUGUCCUGGUACAAAGAUGAUGAGGAGAAGGAGAAGAAGUACAUGCUGCCGGUGGACAACCUGAAACUGAAAGACAUCGAGAAGAGCUUCAUGUCCAGUAAACACAUCUUUGCCCUGUUCAACACUGAACACAGGAACGUGUAUAAAGACUCCCGUCAGCUGGAGUUGGCCAGUGAGUCUCAGGAGGAGGUCGACAGCUGGAAGGCUUCUUUCCUACGAGCUGGAGUGUACCCUGAACGCACCGUGGACAAAGACAAGGUGGAGGUGGAGGAGGCGAGGGGGGACGGGCAGAUCCACAGUCUGGACCCUCAGCUGGAGCGACAGGUGGAGAUCGUCAGGAACCUGGUGGACUCGUACCUGUCCAUCAUCCACCGCACCGUCAGAGACCUGAUCCCCAAGACCAUCAUGCACCUGAUGGUCAACAACACGAAGGAGUUCAUCCACUCAGACCUGCUGGCUCAUCUUUACUCCUGUGGAGACCAGAACACCCUGAUGGAGGAGUCCCAGGAGCAGGCUCAGCACCGUGAUGAGAUGUUGAGGAUGUACCACGCUCUGCGCGAAGGCCUGAACAUCAUCGGUGACAUCAGCACCUCCACCAUCACCACGACGAUGCCGCCGCCUGUCGACGACUCCUGGCUGCAGGUGACGGGGAUGCCGUCGGGACGCAGGUCUCCCAUGUCCAGUCCGACCCCCCAGCGUCGGGCUCCUCCUGGACCUCCCCGUCCCGGCGGGCGCGCGGCCCCCGGCGCUCCAUCACGUCCUGCGGUGUCCCCAGACCCCGGACCCCCCUCCAUCCCCUCCAGACCCAACAGAGCACCCCCACCUGGAGUCCCCAGUCGUCCCAGUAAAGGAAGUCCCGCCCACGGAGAGACCCCCCAGUCUUCUAUUGAGGGUUAAACCUGAACCCGGUCUGUGUCUCUGUGUGUCUCUGUCCACUCUACUAGUAAUAAUAACAACCAUUGAUUAUUGAUUAUCAGCACAUUAUGACUAUAUAUAGCAAACGAUCCGCAAUAUUCAGUGUAUUGAUCUGUCGUCCCGCUGUCAGGAGAGUGAGACGGGUCAGUGAGACGGGUCAGUGAGACGGGUCAGUGAGACAGGUCAGCGAGACAGGUCAGCUGCCUGUCUGUGGUUCAUCAGCUGAUCAGGGUUAUACUGUACUGUAGAAGAGACGGUGGACACGUGAAGACCUCUCACUCCUCUCUGGAUGUUCAGGCUGAUCUGGGACCACACCUGCACAAGUAGCUAGCCUGCUAGCCUGUUAGCUAGCUAGUAACGUCAUUUGUUUAUAUUCUCUUUCAGUUCUUCGUCUGUCUCUCUUCUGUCUCUCUUCUGUCUCUCUUCUGUCUCUCUUCUGUCUCUUCUGUCUCUCUUCUGUCUCUUCUGUCUCUUCU